UCCGAAUCCCAAAAACGAAAGUCGCCAGCGUCAGCGGGCAUCCUCAGACAAAACAAUAUAACACAAAACCAAAGGACGAAACGUACCAACUGCUAUCAAAACAAAUAUUGCCAACAUAAUACUACAAACUCCGUGUUCGUGCUUAAAAAACAAAAUUUUAAAAAAAGUAUUUCCCCAAAAAACCGCAUUUUUUGGCAAAGACUAUUUCCCGCACAUGCGCGAAUUCCGCGAAAAAAAAGCACAAAAGCAAGCUAAAAAGCGAGGACCAAAAAAUAGACAAAAACGAAGAGCAAGGAGCCCCCACAUCGCUUCUCCCCCUCGCACGCACUGUGCGUGUUGGUUUAACGGUAACGGUGCCGCGGUCAAGCGAGAGAGAGAGAAAGAGAGAGGCGGUUCCCGUUUCCAAAUUCUCCCGGAGAAUUCCUUUGGAGCGUCCCCAAGCCGUCUAGAGCCGCCAAGAUGCAGAACUGGGAGACGACAACCACGACCAACUACGAGCAGCAUAACGCCUGGUACAGCAGCAUGUUUGCGGCCAACAUUAAACAGGAGCCGGGUCACCAUCUCGAUGGGAAUAGCGUGACCAGCAGUCCUCGCCAGUCGCCGAUACCCUCCACCAAUCACCUGGAGCAGUUCCUCAAACAGCAACAGCACCAGCAGCAACCCAUGGAUACCCUUUGCGCCAUGACCCCCUCACCCAGCCAAAACGAUCAAAACAGCCUGCAACACUACGAUGCCAGCUUGCAGCAACAGUUGCUGCAGCAGCAGCAAUACCAGCAGCAUUUCCAGGCCGCUCAGCAGCAGCACCAUCAUCAUCAUCACCUGAUGGGUGGCUUUAAUCCAUUGACGCCACCGGGUCUGCCCAAUCCUAUGCAGCAUUUCUAUGGCGGAAACCUGCGACCCAGUCCACAGCCCACACCAACAUCCGCAUCCACAGUUGCCCCCGUGGCAGUUCCUAAUGGAACCAGCGAGAAAUUGCAGGCUCUAACACCGCCCAUGGAUGUCACACCACCGAAAUCGCCGGCCAAGUCGAGUCAAUCGAAUCUGGAGCCGGAGAAGGAGCACGAUCAGAUGUCCAACUCCAGCGAGGACAUGAAAUACAUGGCCGAGUCCGAGGACGAUGAUACCAACAUCCGCAUGCCCAUUUACAAUUCGCACGGCAAGAUGAAGAACUACAAGUGCAAGACUUGCGGCGUGGUGGCCAUCACCAAGGUUGACUUUUGGGCCCACACCCGCACCCACAUGAAACCAGACAAGAUCCUGCAGUGCCCCAAGUGCCCGUUUGUCACCGAGUUCAAGCACCACUUGGAGUACCACAUCCGGAAGCACAAGAACCAAAAGCCCUUCCAGUGCGACAAAUGCAGCUAUACCUGCGUCAACAAGUCCAUGUUGAAUUCGCAUCGCAAAUCGCACAGUUCCGUGUAUCAGUAUCGUUGUGCGGACUGUGAUUAUGCCACCAAGUAUUGCCACAGCUUCAAGCUGCAUCUCCGCAAGUAUGGCCACAAGCCCGGCAUGGUUUUGGACGAGGAUGGCACCCCAAAUCCCUCGCUGGUCAUCGAUGUCUAUGGCACGCGUCGUGGUCCGAAGAGCAAGAAUGGUGGACCCAUUGCCGGUGGCGGAAGUGGUAGCGGCAGUCGGAAGUCCAAUGUGGCAGCUGUGGCACCCCAGCAGCAACAAUCUCAACCCAUUCAGCCUGCCACAUCCCAGCUGAGUGCAGCCCUGCAAGGAUUCCCACUGGUCCAAAGCAACUCGGCACCCACUCAGGCAUCUCCUGUUCUGCCGCUGCCUGCUUCUCCUGCCAAGAGUGUGGCCAGCGUAGAUCAGACGCCUAGCUUGCCCAGUCCAGCGAAUCUUCUGCCUCCUCUAGCCAGCCUGCUGCAGCAAAACCGUAACAUGGCCUUCUUCCCCUACUGGAAUCUCAAUCUCCAGAUGCUGGCCGCUCAGCAACAGGCUGCUGUUUUGGCCCAAUUGUCGCCGCGAAUGCGGGAGCAACUGCAGCAGCAGAACCAGCAGCAAAGCGACAACGAGGAGGAGGAGCAGGAUGAUGAGUACGAGCGCAAGUCGGUGGACUCCGCCAUGGAUCUCUCCCAAGGAACACCGGUGAAGGAGGAGGAGCAGCCGCAACAGCACCAGCAGCAGCAACCGCUGGCCAUGAAUCUCAAGGUGGAGGACGAGGCUACGCCGCUGAUGAGCAGCUCGACCGCCUCAAGGCGCAAGGGACGUGUCCUCAAGCUGGACACCCUGUUGCAACUCCGAUCGGAGGCCAUGACUUCCCCCGAGCAACUGAAGGUACCCAGCAGCAACAUGCCCACUGCAUCCUCACCCAUUGCCGGACGCAAACCCAUGCCCGAGGAGCAUUGCUCCGGAACGAGCUCAGCGGACGAGUCCAUGGAGACGGCCCAUGUGCCACAGGCCAAUACCAGUGCCAGCUCCACGGCAUCCAGCUCGGGGAACAGCUCCAAUGCCAGCAGCAACAGCAAUGGAAACAGCAGCAGCAAUGCAACCACCUCAGCAGGACCUGCUCCUCCCCAAUCCGGAACUCCAGCGGCGGCGGGGGCGAUCUACGAGUGCAAGUACUGUGAUAUCUUCUUCAAGGACGCCGUGCUCUACACCAUCCAUAUGGGCUACCACAGCUGCGACGACGUGUUCAAGUGCAACAUGUGCGGCGAAAAGUGCGACGGACCCGUCGGCCUCUUCGUCCACAUGGCCAGAAAUGCUCACUCCUAAGUCCCAUUGUUAUUAUUUAUCACUAUUAUCACCUUAAUCGUUGUCCAGAAUUGUAAAUAUUCGUAGCCUAAGUUUUCCAAUAAUUAUUUUGUUGUCGAGAAUUGUACAUAAGCCAAUUAAGCCGCUAAUUCUAGAACUAAGUUUAUAUAUCUAUCCUAACUGUAUCGAAAUGUAGCCACCUUUCUAUCUGUCUCCCUAUACUCUCUUGUAUUUUCGAAAUCGACUAAAAACCCUGAAAACGGUUUAAAAAUUAUCAUCAAUGCAUGGAGAAACGUAAGCCUAAGUUAAAACUAAUUUGUAAGUUGAGUCAAGCGAAACAAGCUAACAAAACCAACAGUCCAAAGUCAAAUUAAUAAAAUAUAGUUUAUAACAUAUACAUACAUAUAUGAGUAUUUAGUCUUAUUUUAACUAUGUAUACACAUAAUGCUCAAUUCUUUCUCUGAUAUUCUCUUAGUAAUUUGUUAGUUAAAAAUCGAAGCGAAAACGAAUCGAACGAAAUCAAAUCAAAUAAAUACAAUUUAUUCAAUAUAA